CUUCAGAGGUGAAACACAACUCCUGGCCACCAUGAAGAAAGGAAAGUCAAAGUCCUCCAAAAACAAGGGUGAGAACCAAGAUGAGCCUGCUGUGUUGGAGACAGAGGACCUGGGUCGCAAGAUCCCCGAUCCUGACACCAUCUCCCUGGCCUCUGUCACCGCCGUCUGCACCAAUGUCUCCAAUAAAAGGUCUAAGCCCGACAUUAAGAUGGAGCCUGGUGCUGGGAGGCCCAUAGACUUUCAAGUCAGUGUGACAGUCAUUGAAGCCCGUCAACUGGUGGGCCUCAAUAUGGACCCUGUGGUGUGUGUGGAGAUCGGAGAUGACAAGAAGUACACCUCCAUGAAGGAGUCCACCAACUGUCCAUAUUACAAUGAGUACUUUGUGUUUGACUUCCACGUCCCUCCCGACCAAAUGUUUGAUAAGAUCCUGAAGAUUUCGGUCAUUCACUCUAAGAACCUUCUGAGAAGUGGUACACUGGUCGGCGCGUUUAAGAUGGAUGUGGGCACCGUCUACUCACAGCCUGAGCAUAACUUUUACCACAAGUGGGCCAUCCUGUCUGAUCCCGAUGACAUCACGGCGGGCCUGAAGGGUUAUGUGAAGUGUGACAUUGCCGUGGUUACCAAGGGAGACAACAUCAAGACGCCCCACAAGUCUACUGAAACAGACGAGGAUGACAUUGAGGGCAACCUUCUCCUGCCUGAGGGGGUGCCGGUGGAGAGAGCUUGGGCCAGAUACUACGUGAAGAUCUACCGGGCAGAGGGCCUGCCCAAGAGCAACACCAGCAUCAUGGCCAACGUCAAAAAGGCCAUCAUAGGAGAGAACAAAGACCUCCUGGAUCCUUAUGUCCAAGUGUUGUUUGCCGGACAGAAGGGAAAGACUUCAGUGCAGAAGAGCAACUAUGAGCCCAUCUGGAACGAACAAAUUUGCUUCACGGAAAUGUUCCCACCUCUGUGCAGCAGAAUGAAGGUCCAGAUCCGUGACUCGGAUAAAGUGAACGAUGUGGCCAUAGGAACACACUUCAUUGACCUGAGAAAUAUUGCUAGCGAAGGUGACAAUGGCUUCCUGCCCACCCUGGGUCCUGCCUGGGUGAACAUGUAUGGCUCCACCAGGAACUACACUCUGAUGGACGAGUACCAGGACCUGAACGAGGGUCUGGGGGAGGGCGUGUCCUUCAGGGCUCGCCUGCUCAUCAGCCUGGGCAUGGAGCUCCUCGACACCGGGGCGCCCGACAUCAUGACCUCCACAGAGGUGCAGAUGGAGGGAGUGCCCAAAAUCGCUGAGAAUGCGACUGGAAAGGUGGAAGAAUUCUUGCUGUUCGGGUCCUUCCUGGAAGCCACUAUGAUCGACAGGAAGAUUGGUGACAAGCCAAUCAACUUCGAGGUCACCAUAGGUUACUAUGGGAAUGAGUUGGAUGGGCAGAUCAAACCAAAGUCUCGGAGGAAGAAAGGGAAAGGAGGGGAUAGCGAUGAAGAGGAGACAGAACUCAUCCACGGGGACAGUGAUGAAGAGAUGAUGGAGGACGAUGGAGACCUGGAGUCCAUUUCCACCACCCCACCCAUGAAGCCCCUUAUCACAGAUAGGAACUAUUUCCAUCUUCCCUACUUCGAGAGGAAGCCCUGCAUCUACAUCCGCAGCUGGUGGCCGGACCAGAGGAGACGCCUGUACAACUCCAACAUCAUAGACAACAUAGCAGACAAACUGGAAGAGGGCCUGAAUGAUGUGCAGGAGGUGAUCAAGACGGAGAAGGCCUACCCAGAGCGGCGCCUCAGAGGAGUUCUGGAGGAGCUGAGCAAUGGCUGCAGUCAGUUCCUCAGCCUGGCCAAUAAGGACCAGAAUCAGGCUGGCAAGACAAAGUUGGAUCGGGAGAGACUCAAGACCUGCCUGAGGGAGAUGGAAUCCAUGGGGCAGCAGGCGAAGACUAUUCGCUCCCAGGUCAAGAAGAACACAGUGAAAGACAAGCUCAAGCUGGUCCAAGUCUUCCUGCAGAAGUUGAGAUUCUUGGCAGUGGAGCCACAACACAGUGUCCCGGACAUCUACAUCUGGAUGUUGAGCAACAAUAAGCGCAUUGCAUACGCACGAGUAGGCUGCAAGGACAUACUGUACUCGCCUGUGGAGGAGGAGAGAGGAAAAGACUGUGCUAAAGUCAAGACCAUCUUCUUCAAGUUGCCUGGAAAGAAGGGCUUUGGCUCGGCCGGCUGGACGGUGCAGUCCAAGACGGAGAUGUACCUGUGGCUUGGCCUGAGUCGCCAGCGUAAGGACUACCUGGCCGGGCUGCCCAACGGCUUUGAGGAGGCCAAGCUGACUGUGGGCCCAGGCAUGCAGGCCGCCCCUCCCAUCAGCCUGGUCUACACGAUGAAGCAGCAGUUCCAGCUGAGGGCGCACAUGUACCAGGCCCGCAGCCUCUUCGCCGCAGACAGUACCGGUCUCUCCGACCCCUUCGCCAGGGUCUUCUUCUCCACCCACACCCAGGUCACAGAGGUCCUGAAUGAGACACUCUGCCCCACCUGGGACCAGCUGCUGGUGUUUGAUCAUGUGGAGCUUUAUGGAGAAGCUGGCGAGCUGAGGGAUGACCCACCCAUCAUCGUCAUAGAGAUCUAUGAUCAAGACGCUAUGGGCAAAGCUGAGUUCAUGGGAAGGACGUUCGCUAAGCCCAUAACCAAGAUGUCGGAUGAGUACUACGGACCCCCACGAUUCCCACCCCAGCUGGAGUACUAUCAGAUCUACAGAGGCAACUGCACAGCAGGAGAGAUGCUCGCCGCCUUUGAACUUCUGCAGAUUGGUCCUGGUGGUAAAUCGGAGCUGCCUCCUAUUGACGGCCCCACUGAGCUGGACCGUGGGCCCAUCCUCCCCGUCCCCAUCGGCAUCCGUCCUGUCCUCAGCAAGUACCGCAUCGAGGUGCUGUUCUGGGGCUUGCGUGACCUGAAGAGGAUUAACUUGGCCCAGGUGGACAGACCAAGAGUGGACAUCGAGUGCGCUGGAAAGGGGGUGCAGUCCGCCCUCAUUCAGAACUACAAGAAAAACCCCAACUUCAGCACUCUGGUGAAAUGGUUUGAAGUGGACCUGCCAGAGAAUGAGCUGCUUCACCCUCCCCUCAACAUCCGUGUGGUGGACUGCCGUGCCUUCGGCCGCUACACCCUGGUGGGCUCCAACGCCGUCACCACCCUCCGCAAGUUCAUCUACCGACCCUCAGACAAGCACGCCAACAACUACUCAACAACAGACGAAAUCAUCUGUAACGCAGAGCCGGAGCCUCCUGUCAAGAAAAUGGAGACGGUGGUCAAACUGGACUCUGCAUCUGAUGCUGUUGUCAAAGUUGAGUCAGAAGAUGAGAAAAAGGGCAAGAAGAAGAAGGGGAGAGGGGGAGAGCCGGAGGAGGAGGAGGUGGACGAGAGCAUGCUGGACUGGUGGUCCAAAUACUUUGCUUCCAUCGAGACGCUGAAGGAGAUCCUGAAGGCACAGGAGGCUGCUCUGGCGGAGGCGGAAAAGGAGGAGGACCCGGACGCUCCACCAGAGGGGGGAGAAAUCAACCCUGAUGACUCUCCUGUAAAAGGAAAGAAGAAAGGCAAGAAGAAGAAGGCGGCAGCGGCAGCCGCGGCGGCAGCAGCAGCAGCAGGGGACGGGCCAGCAGAGAACAAACGGCCCAAGAUCGACGAGCUGAAGGUUUACAACAAGGAAUUGGACCUGGAGUUUGACGGCUUUGAGGACUGGCUGCACUCUUUCAACCUGUACCGUGGGAAAGCCGGAGAUGACGAGGACGAAAAUGUCCACGAUGACGACAGGCUUGUGGGCAAAUUUAAAGGCUCCCUGAGUAUAUACAAAGUGUCGACAUUAGAGGAGAUGUCCAGAGACUCUCCCUACGACACCAACAUGGGCAUGUUCCAGAAUAUUCCGCAGAACAACCCUGUCAACAUUCUAGUUCGAGUGUAUGUUGUCAGGGCUACAGAUCUGCACCCAGCUGACAUUAAUGGGAAGGCAGAUCCUUACAUUGCCAUCAAGCUGGGCAAGACCGAAAUCAAAGACAAGGAGAACUACAUCUCCAAGCAGCUAAACCCUCUAUUUGGAAAGUCUUUUGACAUAGAAGCCACUUUCCCAAUGGACUCCACCCUGACCGUCUCGAUCUAUGACUGGGAUCUGGUGGGCACAGACGACCUUAUUGGAGAGACCAGAAUCGACCUGGAGAACCGUUACUACAGCAAACACAGAGCAACAUGUGGCCUUGCAUCACAAUACUCUUUAUAUGGCUACAACGUGUGGAGAGACCCGAUGAAGCCUACUCAGAUCCUCAGCAAACUCUGCAAGGAUGGCAAGGUGGAUGGGCCACACUUUGGUCCAGGAGGAAGGGUCAAGGUGGCCAAUCGGGUGUACUUUGGACCGACUGAGAUCGAGGAUGAGAAUGGCCUGAAGAAGCAGACAGAUGAGCAUUUGGCCCUGACGGUGCUGAAGCACUGGGAGGACAUGCCUCGAGCCGGCUGCAAGCUCGUCCCCGAGCACGUGGAGACCCGCCCACUACUUAACCCCAACAAGCCCGGGAUCGAACAGGGAAGGAUUGAGAUGUGGGUGGAUAUGUUCCCCAAGGACAUGGCAGCACCUGGUCCAGCCCUGGAUAUUGCACCUAGGAAGCCAAAGAAGUUUGAGCUCAGGGUGAUUAUCUGGAAUACAGAUGAAGUUGUUCUGGAAGAUGAUGACAUCUUCACAGGGGAAAAAUCCAGUGACAUUUUCGUCAGGGGCUGGCUGAAAGGGCAGCAGGAGGACAAGCAGGACACGGAUGUGCACUACCACUCACUAACUGGAGAGGGCAACUUCAACUGGAGGUUCGUCUACCCCUUUGACUACUUGAUGGCAGAGGAGAAGAUCGUCAUCUCCAAGAAGGAGUCCAUGUUUGCAUGGGAUGAAACCGAGUACAAGAUCCCACCCCGGCUCAACAUCCAAGUCUGGGACGCUGACCACUUCUCUGCUGAUGACUUUCUGGGUGCAAUUGAACUGGACCUCAACCGAUUUGUCCGUGGGGCCAAGACAGCAAAGCAGUGCACCCUUGAGAUGAUUGAAAAUGAGGCAGAGAUGCCAAUGGUGUCCAUCUUUAAGCAGAAGAGGAUCAAGGGCUGGUGGCCAUUUUUGGCCCGAGAUGAGAAUGAUGAGCUAGAGAUCACGGGGAAAGUGGAGGCUGAGCUGCAGCUGGUUACUGGGGACGAGGCGGAGAAGAGUCCAGUCGGAGAAGGACGCAACGAGCCGGAGCCUCUGGAGAAACCAAACCGCCCAGACACGGCCAUGCUGUGGUUCCUCACUCCGCUGAAGGCCAUCCGCCACCUGAUCUGUGCCCAGUACAAGUGGCUCGUCAUCAAGAUCGUGGUGGCGCUGCUAGUGCUGGCACUGCUGGGCCUGUUUCUCUACAGCAUGCCGGGAUACAUGGUCAAGAAGAUGCUGGGAGCUUGAGGAGGAAAAAUGAAAUGGGGAAGAAGGGAGCAAAAAAUUGGAAGGGGAAGGAGAGAAAGGAGGGAAAGAAAGACAGAGAAAUGGAGAGCAAGCGAGCAACUGUUCUAUAGCACUAUUAUUAUGUUCUAAAUGUGAAAUAAUUGAGAAUCUAACAUGAAGACAUAAGGGCAACAGAGGAUAUUAUCAUACGAUU